UCAACUCAGUCCGAGUUAGCAGGUCGAGGGGUAAUUUAGCUUGCUAGUGUUUAAAACUUAUUUAUCCGCCGUAAUUUAAUCGGUGUAUAUUGCGUCAACUGCAAAAGUUAUCCUAUCACAAUGAAAACACUAGCAGUAUUCUGUGCAGUACUAGCAUUAGCAUCUGCUUACGACCAAUCGAACAUCAUAGGGGCCAGAAUAGAGACGUGUCGUGGAUGCUCGUUGAACCGACUUCCCCAAGUGAAGCAGUUCGUGAUGGAAGACGCGCCCCUGUAUGAACAAGUAGAAGUGAAGUUCAUCACUGGCGCGGCGCCUGAGGUGGUGCUACUUGGCAAGAACGACCACGAACUGGAGAGGCUGCCGCUCUCCCACCUGGAUCGCAAGGAGUGCAACCAGUUACUUGAGGAAAGAGGGUUUGUAAAGAAACAAAAGAAAUCGGAGUUCUAGUUUGUUAUUUAGACCCACAUGGGUGUAAAAAAAGUUAUGAUCGCUUAAAAAAUGGAUUCAUAAUUAAUACCCAAAUAUAUCAGGUUCAUCAUGAACUAUAUAGUACUGAACACUGUGUGACAUAGGCUCAUCAGCUAAAUAGCUGCUCACCUAUAAUGAUAUAAUAAUAAACGAAUAAGGUAAAAAGCUGGAUUGUAAUAUACCUAUGCUGUAAGUUUUACUACAUUCCAUGUGUGAAAAUGGUAGGUAUAUGAAGCAAUAUUUAGUAUUAACUUGUAGCUAAUUUUGCCUAUUAUGAUGAAAAUAGGCUUCUACUACUAGUACAAAUUUGUGUUUAUUUUAUAUUAAGUGUAAUAAUGUCUGUAAUAAAGAGGAGUCUUGUCUGCCGUUACAAUGUUUCAAGGCCUCUGACAAAGCUAGAAUUGUUAAAUAAUAAACAGCUUUUCACAAUA